AUGAGUACCUUGAUUGUGUUAGUGUCUGCCAUAUUGGUUAUACCAGUUGUUAUUCUUCUCACGCCACCACGACACCCUCGCCGUAUUCCAUCAGCUCCCUUUUGGAUCACUCUGCUGCCCCUCUUCUUCGAAAUUGAUCAACAGCAGAUAUUCCGCCAAUACAUUGCUGAACCUUUGUUCAAACAUGGAGCAAUCAAAAUCUUCUUUGCUGGGCAAUGGAACGUAAUAGUUCAACGACCGUCAUAUGUCUCGGAGGUGUUCAAGAAAGAGCAGAUAUUCAACAAAAGCGGCAACCAAAAGAAGAUCCCACAUAGUGUGCUAGCUGAGUUCCUUGGAUCGAAUAUCAUCUCCGCGCGAGAUGAAGAGUGGCGUUGCUACCGCGCUGUCAUCAAACCUGGACUACAAAGGCUCUUCCAUGCAAAACCUAUUGUUGAGAAUGCAAAGAGAUUAAGCAAAAUCAUCUGGCAGCAACAAAGACGAUCUUCGGACAAAGGAAUCGAGAUACAGAACAUUUUCCAGCGAUAUUCCAGUGCAAAUCUUGUCAGCUGUAUCUUUGACCGUUCAGACCUGAGUUCUCAGAUGAUGUGCAUGGAACACGAGGUUCCACUGCAUAGCACUCAACUAACUUUGAAGCGAUAUCUUUUUCGCCCCAUUUUCAUGAGCUUCCCUGCACUAGAUCGACUAGCGUCGGUAAUACCAUCUCGAACUAAGGCUCGCAAAUUGAUACGGCAGUUCUCAGACCUCCUUCAAAAGGAGAUUCUAGAUGAUCUAGCUCAGCAGAACGAGAGAAACGGGGAAGGCGGUUACCUCGGAGAUCGGCUUAUUUCCGCAUGGCACGAUGGGACUUUGACCACACAGCAGGUUCGGGAUAAUCUUAACGUUCUCUACGUGGCCGGCCAAGAAAAUCCACAAUUGCUCAUGAUAUCUUCUCUCUAUCUACUGGGAAAGUAUCCGGAAAUACAAGAAAAGCUUCGACAAGAAAUCAAAGCUUACAGCAUAAGCGAUGCACCAAGCAUAGAUUGGCAGGACCUCCCGUAUCUUACUUCCACGAUCCUGGAAUGUCUCCGGCUGCUCCCACCCAUCUCACAGCUCAUAAACCGGCGCACAGCAGAGCCAGUCUGGCUCGGAGGUCACUACAUCCCCGAGGGUACAUACAUUGGAUACAACAGUUAUGCCACCAACCGGGAUCCAAGUUCAUGGGGGCCAGAUACGGAUGAAUUCCGACCUGAGCGAUGGGGCGCUACAGAUGAGCAGAUUUCCAUGAACUACCGGAGUGCCAAGGCACACGCUGAAUUCAUAUCUUUUCAUGGUGGGUCUCGGGCAUGUCUGGGUGAGAAAUUUGCUCUCUUGGAAAUGAGAGUCACUCUAUUUGUUCUCGUUAAGUCUCUCCGGUGGAAGUUGGAUCCAGAAUGGAAAGACCAAAUGACUCCUGUAUGUACCUUGACUUCUCCACUCUUGUUCGGCGCUUACCACAGGUUUGUAGGCUGGUCCCUUGCACCCACGAGGCGUUCGUCUUGUUUUUACCCAGGCUUAGAGUGA